AUGCAACUACAAGGAGAAAAUAAAUCCUGGAAAUCAAAAAAAGUUGAACAACAUAAAGAUAAGUUACUAAUCAUAUCUUUUGGUAAUAGGGAAUAUUCAGGGAAAGAUACAAUGGAAUUUAAAGGUCUCCAAACUGGAGUCAUUGAAGUUCUUUGGAAUCAAUUAAAAUGUAGACAAAAGUGCGGUGAUUUGCAACUAGUAUUUGUGGAUGAAUUUCGCGCUUUAAAGACGUGUCAUUCAUGCAGUAAAAUGCUUUUCACUUAA